UUUCUCAUAGAAUAGCACGCAUCAUCGUUUGUGCGAAGUUACAAAGCUCGCGUGAUGCCACGUUUAUAUUGCCAAUACUUCUCUUCGCUGAGUAUUGACCCUUCCAUUAUUCUCAAUAGGGAGCCCUUGAACAUAAAUAGAUUUCCGCUAGCAUUUUUCCUAGGAUAUACGCACGAUUAUUACGAAUUGACGUGGUUGGUCGAACGUUCGAUACGCAAGCGCACUUGCGUACCGAGCCAUGCUCCUACUAAAAAAUGAUUCCCGGCGACCGGGAAUGAAGAAGCACGCGAUUUGCUAUCACGAACGUCUUAUCACGCACAUCACGUCCUGCACAAUAAGGUGGUAGUACAUCGCGUAGUACAUGUCUCUUAAUCCUCGGAAAAUGUUCGCGAAUAAAAACUACGAGAGCGACAUAAAAUAUACGAUAGAGCUAAAUCGCUUUAUCUGUCGCUUAUUGGGUAUCUGGCCACGCAUGCAUGCAGAGGCCCCGUUCAUCGAAAAUAUCAAAAAUAUCUUGCUGAUCCUCAUUUGCUACUUCCUUCUAUGUAGCGAGUUGAUCCCGACGAUUCUGUACGUAAUCAUCGUCGAGAAGCGCACUCGCAUUCGAUUGAAGCUUAUAUCAUCUGUGAUGUUCACGACGUUAGCGGUGCUCAAGUAUUGUAGCUUAGUGUUCAACAGGAAUCGAAUGAAAAGUUGCUUGAUGCGAGUGCAGAACGAUUGGCGAAAUGUCGCGAGCGCGAACGCCCGCGAUCUUAUGUUGAACAAGUCCAGGACCGCGAGAAACUUGCUCAUACUGUGCAGUGCAUUCAUGUACAUGUCCGGUUUGUAUUUCCGCACAGUGGUGCCGCUGAGCAAGGGAAAGUUCGUCACUGAUCAGAAUAUCACGAUCAGAUAUCUGCCGUGUCCGAGCUACUUCAUUUUCUUCGACGGGCGGAUCAGCCCCGCUUACGAGAUUAUCUUUCUCAUACAGUUCUUCUCCGGCUUCGUCAAGUACACCAUCACGGUGUCGAUCUGCAGCCUCGCCGCGCUCUUCGUCAUGCACAUGUGCGCGCAGCUGGAGAUACUGAUGAUGUUAAUGAACAACUUGGUGAACGAGCAGGAGGUGAAGAACUUGAACAGGAAGUUGGCCAUGACCGUGGAAUAUCAGAUCAGGACGCGGGGUUUCUUGCAAUUGGUGCAGAACACUUUGGAGCACACGAGUCUGUUGGAAUUGUUGGGAUGUACGAUGAUCGUAUGUCUCCUAGGACACGAUAUUAUCACGGAAUGGGAAGAUCAUAAUGUUGUAGCCGUCGGCUCGUAUCUCAUUCUACUCACGUCAAUUGGGUUCAAUAUUUUUAUCUUCUGCUUCAUCGGGGAACAGCUCUCUACAAAGGGUGAGAAAUUAUCAAUGACGGUGUGCACACUGGACUGGUAUCGUCUUCCUGAUGAGAAAGCGCGAGCACUGAUUUUGAUUAUAGCCAUGUCGAAUAUUCCGACAAAACUUCGAGCUGGGAAGUUCGUUGAUCUUUCUAUCAGAACCUUCGGUGACGUCGUUAAGACGGCCGUGACGUAUUUUAAUCUUAUUCGGAAGGUUAUGGAGUAAAUAAUUUAAUGUCCUAAUAUUAUAACAAAAUAUCUGUUUGAAUAUUUUCGUAUAGACGUAGAAUAUCAUUUCGUAGAAAUAUUAA